GUGAACUGAGCUUUUCGAUAAAGAUAGUAGUAAAGAGGAAUAAUGAAUAUCUAUAAUAAGAAUGGAAAAAAAGCGCGUGGAAAACGACAAAUGCGCGUUGUGGCUGAGCGUCCGCAAUUACCACCAAAGCGGAGAAUCACUCGCAGGACUGGAAGUCAGCCGAACCCGCCGUUGCCGCCAGAGCUUCCAGUAUUGCCGCCAUUGCCUCCAGGACCUCUAGCUAAUCCACCAGGACUUCCAGCUGAUCCAUCAGGACCUCCAGCUAAUCCGCCAGGACCUACAGCUGGUCCGCUAGGACCUCCAGCUAAUCCGCCAGGACCUCUAGCAAAUCAACCAGGACUUCCAGCUGAUCUACCAGGACCUCCAGCUAAUCCGCCAGGACCUCCAGCUAAUCCGCCAGGACCUCUAGCAAAUCAACCAGGACUUCCAGCUGAUCUACCAGGACCUCCAGCUAAUCCGCCAGGACCUACAGCUGGUCCGCCAGGACCUCCAGCUAAUCCGCCAGGACCUCUAGCAAAUCAACCAGGACUUCCAGCUGAUCUACCAGGACCUCCAGCUAAUCCGCCAGGACCUCCAGCUAAUCCGCCAGGACCUAUAGGUGAUCCACCAGGACCUCCAGUUAAUCCGCCAGGACCUCUUGCUGAUCCACUAGUACCUGUGCAACCUCCAGCUAAUCCGCCAGGACCGCCAGCUGAUCCGCCAGGACCUCCAGCUGAUCCGCCAGGACUUCCAGCUGAUUCGAUGUUACCUCUUGGACCUCCAAAUAAUGCACCAUCACAUCAACAAGUUCCUACUGAUCGACAGUCACCACAAGGAGCUGCAGUCAACCAAAGGUUACUGCAAAGACCUCCGCAAAAUCCGCUGCGACCGCAAGGUUUUUCAAAUCCAAGGUUGCCGCAAGGUCCUCGUUCGAACGAUUUAGGUGCAGUAGGUUUAUCAAACCGGUCUAUGAAGGCAAUUAGACGGUUCAAUCAAAACUAUGAGAGAUUUAAAGCUGAACAAGGACAAAAAAUGCUAGGUGGAGUAGAACUCUAUAAUAAAAAAUUGAAGAUUGAAGACAAUGAGCAACCCUCACGAUCAGUUUCGAUACGUCAUGAUAGUUCUACUGAAUGUCGACACCACUGCACACUUCCUCCGCCUCCUUCACUGUCGCCAAUGCCACCACUGAGUUCUGGGGAACAUCCCUCUCAGUACCCUGCUUUCCCUCAAUAUGGUCAAGUUCCCCAUCAUACUAUGCCUCCAGUUCAUCAACAUCCAGCCCCUCAGUACUUUAUACCUUCAACCUCUCAAUAUCAUAUGCCCCCAGUCCCUCAAUACUCCAUGCCUUCUAACUCUCAAUAUUCUAUGCCUUUAGUUCCCCAGUACUCUAUGCCUUUAACCCCUCAGUACUUUAUGCCUCCAGCCCCUCCGUACUCUAUGCCUUCAGUUCCCCAGUAUCCGCCACCACAAACUCCUCAAAAUUCAAUGCCGCAUCACUACCCAUAUUCUUUUCCCGCUCCAUACUAUCCGCCUCGUUUUUAAUGACUGAUUACACAGAAGAAAGUAUAAUUAUCAUGAUUAUUAAUAUUAUUAUUAUAAAGAUUUUAA